GACCGGAGCCAAGGACCAGAACCGAGCGACCGGAGCCUCGGCGGCCAAUUAGGCCCCGCGCCUCCACCUCCAUACGUUGAUCAGGAUUCUGCCUGCGUGGAGCUGAAAUUAAUUAAAGCACAGCCUCAAUGACGCGACGUGACGAGCAGCACAUUCAGAAAUUCAUUAGCCGCAUAAUGAUCUUUGUCUGACGCUCACAAUGUGCCAAUCACACGCGACUUAGAGUCUGACAGGAAGUUCAUCCACAGUGGGACGCGCCUGUUUCCCACUUUCUGAUUAAUCAUGUGGAGCCUUUUGUGAACAUUGUCUAUGACCACACAAAAAGCGGAGCCUCAUUUAGUUGCAGCCACAGAAAGGUCACAGCCUUAGUUACCGGCGCUGGGUGCUCCCUUUGUUCUACACUCCCCACUUUGGGAUUUUGACAGAUGUCUUCUUAGUGAAAAGUGCAGCUUUCAGGCCUAAAGGACUCCUCGCUAUUCAUUUGCUUUUGUCAGCUCACCUCACUGUGCACUUUCAGCUUUCUUUCCUGAGGACCAGGCUUUACCUGCGUUUGUCCUGAAGCCCGAGCAGCUCAUUUCCACUGCAUCACUUUUAACGGCAUGUGUUGUGUGGUAAACCUGCUGAGUCAUGCUUCUCCCUCUCUGCUCCACCAGGUGUCGAGAAGGCUACCAGGGCAUCCGCUGCGACCAGUUCCUGCCCAAGACAGACUCCAUCCUGUCGGACCCAAAUCACCUGGGCAUCGAGUUUAUGGAGAGCAAAGAGGUUUACAAGAGACAGGUGCUGUCAAUCACGUCCAUCGCCAUGGCGAUCAGCCUCCUGGGAACCCUGUGCAUGGCGCUGUACUGCCGCAACAAGAGGCGCAGAGAGAAGCUCCACGCUCACCUGAAGGAGAGUCGCAGCUUGAAGAACUACACGGCGAAUUGCAGCUACGCCGUGGAUGGGAAGACGAGGGCCCCGAGCACCAGCCUGCAAAUGCACGAGUACUGCAGACGCCCGGCGCAGCCUCGGCCCGGGAACGUGUCCGAGCCCGGCUUCAGAAGCGCCAAACACCUCAGAAGCGGGUCUUUGUCUCACAGUCCAGAUCAGAGAACCCGAGCCGCUCACUGGUCUGCCCAACGCAGGACUCCGCCCACAGCCAGAGGAAGGCUAAAUCCAAUUGGAUCAUCCAAGUAUUCAGGCCCCGCCUACCAACACCUUCAGGAAGGUGACUCAACUGAGAAGGAGUCCGACUCACAAAGAGGCUGCCAGAUGCAGGGAGAGAGCCAACGCGACGACCCGAGACGAGAUGCCAUCCUACAUAUGCAAACUCCCGUUUCCAUGGAGACAGCCGUGCCGUCCCCCUGGAGAGGCCGCGUGGAGGUGCGCUCACACCCCUGCGUUGUGCAUCCCGCCACCCGCAGCCUGAGGAGGCCGGGCCGCCAGCACAGCCGCUCCCCGCCUCCGCCGUUCCGCUCCUGCUCCAUCCCCAUCAUCCCCUCGGUCCAGUGUCACCAUGACAACGAGGCGGCUUGUAUGCAAACCAGUCUCACCCCGGCAGCCACAGUGAUGUCAGUCACCCGUGGAGCCACGCCCUGCGAGGAUGAGAGGAGAGAGAGGGCGCGGCGCGGCCCCUUGUCGUCGUCCUCGCUCUGCUCCGCCGCCGUCAGCCAUCAGCAGGAUGAAGUGGAGCUGCUCCUGAAGGAGGCCCAGGAGCAGCUCCGGGCGCUGGCGCUGGCUCAUAGGAAGCAGGAAGACAGCGGGAUCAGCAGCGGCGGGUCCACAGCUGCUCUGGUGGAUGUCAAAGAAACUGUUUGCUUCCUGAACCCUUACGGAGGAAGCGCCGGCGUGCUGAGCUGUACCGGGCCCACGCAGACCCAGUUACUCAGCCCCAGCCAUUCACACAGAGACAUGGGCCCAAGCGGACAAUGAGAGGACGCUGGCCAGGACCUCCGUGUGUGGGUCCACAGCGCCUGACAGACUGUGGGACGCAAGUGGGAAAAGCGAACUUUAAAAAAAACGAAAUCCUGAUGAAGUGCUGAUGAUGUGCAUCACCGUACGGAUACAAACAUACAAAGACUUCUGAGAGGCCGCCUUUACACCAAGUGACAGUCUGGGAAAAAAAGAAAAAAUAUUUACAUGCGUUUAUUUACAACACAAGAGAAACACUACUUAGACAAAAGAAACCAAAUAGUCUGUCAAAUCCAUGGUGUUUUUAAUUGUAAAAAGAAUAUAUAAAUAUAUAUAUAUAUAAAUAUAUAUGGAUAUAAAUAUAUGGAAUUCAAAAAGUGACCAAGUACAAGUCGAAGAUCACAGGAAUGAUGUAACUGCUUUUGGUUUAUUUCUUUUUUUCUUCUUCUCCCUGUUUAGUUUGAAUGUUUGGUUCUGGCUCAAUUCAAAAGGAAGAGUUUCAUGAGCGCACGGUUCCAGGUGUGAGUGCGUUUCUGCAGAAUGGCCAACGAGAAAGGAGCCUUCUGCCUCCUCCUGCCUUUUGAAAACCUGUCGACCCAGCCACGAAUUACAGCACAGGCCUGUGUGUGUGUGUGUGUGUGUGUGUGUGUGUGUGUGUGUGUGUGUGUGUGUGUGUGUGUGUGUGUGUGUGUGUGUGGGAGAAGAAGAAGAACAGGACACACUCGGCCCAACAUGGACGGGCAGAUUGUUAAAGCCCAGAUGCUGAGUCUCUUCUGGCCAGUGUUCAAAUCUAGAUUAUUUUUUUUUGUUACAAAUGAUAUUUUCACACAUACGUGCACAUUCACUCACCUGUGCAUUAGCUUUUGGUUGAUUUGCUCGGACAGUUCGAUGAAUGGACAAAGGGACUCGGCCGGAUGGAGGACCACAUCCCACGAGCGUUAAUCAGACUGAUCUUUAGUUCAUUUUGAUUUAUUUUGUUAUGAAUGAACAAUGCUGCUCUGUGGGGCUGAUGGGAGGGAGGACCCCCUGGUUUGGGUUUUGAAACAAGAAAUAAAUGUCUCUAUGUUGUAUCCUAUGAAUUGGACGAUUUUGAAUCUCUGUAUGAAGUUACAGCCAAUUGUUUCUGGUGACUAAACUAAAAAAUGAUUGCUCUCCUGGUAAAGACUUUUCCAAAUAAGACUUGUUUUGGUUGAUUGCUUGGAAGACGUGUUAAUUCCCCAACGGCCCCCUGUCUGAACAUGCAUGCUGGAUAACAUCAGUCUGGUUUACACCGAUAUACUGUUCUUAUCUUUUGGCCUUUAAACGUCAGUCCAACCUGGGAUCACUAUUCACAAAGUUCUUAACCGUAGUUGUAGCUGGUAGUUCCCUGUUGUCACCAUGCUGCCUAAAGUACAGAAAAUAUCUUUCAAAUCUUAAUUUCUAUUGAACUUUCUGAAAGAAAGAUCUGCAUAUCGCAAAAGCUCACAUCUGUCCAUAAGACUUCCUUCCUUCAUACUUCAGAUCAGCUUUCUUUCCAAGUGUUUAUGAUGUCAUUUUAGAAGGAAUGUUGCAUAAAACAAGCGUGGAAUCUGUCCAGUAUGUUACUGGUUCUAGAGUCCAGAUGAAACGUCUGUGUGGGAACCUGCAGAAUGUCAUGACUCACAAAUCUCAUAUCUACAUUUCUAUGUCUUAGAGCAUAAAAAAUACAAUAAAUGUUAAACUGAACAAAAAAAUCAUUUUUAAAUUGAAGGCAGCAACAUGUUUUUAGAAGUGACAGGAGAACAGCUACUGGGGUUAAUUGGCUUCAAAGGUGAUUAACUUAAUUAUCAGCCUUGUUACCCGUCGGUCCUGGUGGUUAAACAUGACGUCCCUGCGUUUUCAGACAUGUUGUCGCCAUCAUUUUUUAUGGAGGUGCUGCAUAUUCAACAGUUUCCUCCUGUGCUCCGUGCUGAGUCAAAUGUGGCUUUAUGAGAUUUGCGGGUCAGGGCUGUUGUUGGUGUCGGCGGCGGCUCCUGGCGGCGGCUCCUGGCGGCGGCCGACGCUGCCGUCCUGUGUGAUUCAUGCAGUCCCUUCUGUGUGUGACUGUCUCUUCAGCCAGAGGUUUCACUGAAUGAUGCAACGCUGUAACUGAGGAGACACACUCCACAACCUCUAACUGAUCACCACGGCUCAUCCCUGGAACAGUCAGGCUCACUUUUUUAAUACGCGCUUGAAUGCAAGGCUGAAUCCUAUUGACACCGAAAAAUCAGCACACGUCUCUGGUUUCUUCUCUUCUCUUUUCUUUCUCCUGGUUUUUAUUAAAGGAUUAGUUGCCAUACCUCCACUGAACCCUGAGAAGGCGCUUGGAAUUGCUGAAGCUCAGCAGCUUUGAUUAUUUGAUACUGAUGUCCAUAACGUCCUCUCCAGUGUGAACGCGGUGACUUAUGGAGGUUGACGUGUGUCUGUGCACAGAUGCCCGUGCAAAAUGUGAAUUUACUUGUUUGACCAACUGUAAUCGGUGUAUGAGCUUUUAACAGAUAAAAGUCUUGAAGCAA